AUGCCGCUGCCGGAGGACGUGAUGCCGGAGAACAUCAGCGGGGCUGCCGAGGAGGCUCAGGGCAAUGACUCCUUUGAGCACGCGUUUUUCUCUCUGGAUUAUCAACAUGUUCAAGUCCCCUUUGAAAUCACGCUCUGGAUCAUGCUUGCGUCCUUGGCCAAAAUAGGGUUUCAUCUAUAUAACAAGCUGCCGACUGUCGUUCCCGAAAGCUGUUUAUUGAUAUUUGUAGGACUCAUCAUGGGGGGAAUCAUCUACGGCUUAAACGACAAGUCACCGCCUGUUAUGGACAGCGACAUCUUUUUUCUCUACCUGCUGCCACCCAUCGUCCUUGACGCGGGGUACUUCAUGCCCAGCCGUCCCUUUUUUGAGAACAUCGGCACUAUCCUCCUCUAUGCGGUCGUGGGGACGAUAUGGAACGUGUUUGGGAUCGGCUUUUCCCUAUACGGGAUCUGCCAGGUGGAAGCCUUUCACUUGCAGGACGUGUCGUUGCUCCACAACCUCCUGUUCGGCAGCCUGAUCGCCGCUGUGGAUCCCGUGGCGGUGCUAGCGGUCUUUGAGGAGAUACACGUCAAUGAAAAGCUGCACAUCUUGGUCUUCGGCGAAUCGCUCCUGAACGACGCGGUGACGGUG